CGGGCCGUCGCUAGGAGACGCCCUCGCGUGAUCCGGCGCUGCGGCGGGGGGAAGACGUUCGCGUGCGCGGUGACGUCAGGGAGGGGGCGGGCGGCUCUGCUAAUGCUGCGGCUGCGGCGGCCGCAGUAGGGGCCGGAGUGGGCAGCAGGGUUAAAAUUCCACUCCUGGUUUGACCGACACUUGCCCUUCAUCAUGGGGGAGCUUUUCAGAAGUGAGGAGAUGACCCUGGCCCAGCUUUUCCUCCAGUCGGAAGCUGCAUACUGUUGUGUCAGCGAGUUAGGAGAGCUUGGGAAGGUUCAGUUUCGUGAUUUGAACCCUGAUGUGAAUGUGUUCCAGCGUAAGUUUGUUAACGAAGUCAGGAGAUGUGAGGAGAUGGACCGGAAACUCAGGUUUGUUGAGAAGGAGAUUAAAAAAGCGAACAUCCCAAUCCUGGACACCGGUGAGAACCCAGAGGUGCCUUUCCCACGUGACAUGAUCGAUUUAGAGGCAAACUUUGAAAAAAUUGAAAAUGAGCUUAAAGAGAUCAACACAAACCAGGAAGCUCUGAAGAGAAACUUCCUAGAGCUGACAGAAUUAAAAUGUAUACUGCGCAAAACUCAGCAGUUUUUUGAUGAGGCUGAAUUGCAUCAUCAGCAGAUGGCGGAUCCAGACCUGCUGGAGGAAUCCUCUUCGCUCCUGGAGCCGAGUGAGAUUGGAAGAGCUGCCCCUCUACGACUUGGAUUUGUGGCCGGCGUGAUCAACCGUGAGCGAAUCCCUACCUUUGAGCGCAUGUUGUGGCGAGUGUGUCGAGGAAACGUAUUCCUGCGUCAGGCUGAAAUCGAAAUCCCCCUGGAGGAUCCUGUGACGGGAGACUACGUGCACAAGUCUGUGUUUAUUAUUUUUUUCCAAGGUGAUCAGCUAAAAAAUAGAGUCAAGAAAAUCUGUGAAGGGUUCCGUGCCUCCCUCUACCCUUGCCCAGAGACACCGCAGGAGAGGAAGGAAAUGGCUUCUGGAGUCAAUACCAGGAUUGACGAUCUUCAAAUGGUGCUGAACCAAACAGAGGAUCAUCGCCAGCGGGUCCUGCAGGCAGCUGCUAAAAAUAUCCGUGUCUGGUUCAUCAAAGUGCGGAAGAUGAAGGCUAUCUACCAUACCCUGAACCUGUGUAACAUUGACGUGACCCAGAAGUGUUUGAUUGCUGAAGUCUGGUGCCCCGUCGCUGACCUCGAUUCCAUCCAGUUUGCUCUCAGAAGAGGCACUGAGCACAGCGGAUCCACUGUUCCAUCCAUCCUGAAUAGGAUGCAAACCAAUCAGACCCCGCCAACUUACAACAAAACCAACAAGUUCACUUCUGGCUUUCAGAAUAUAGUAGACGCAUAUGGCAUUGGAACUUACCGGGAGAUAAAUCCAGCUCCGUACACGAUUAUCACUUUCCCGUUCCUGUUUGCUGUGAUGUUUGGAGACUUUGGGCAUGGAAUCCUGAUGACGUUAAUUGCUGUGUGGAUGGUGGUUAGGGAAAGUCGCAUUCUGUCACAGAAGAAUGACAAUGAGAUGUUCAACACCAUUUUUAGUGGUCGGUACAUCAUUCUGCUAAUGGGAGUGUUCUCCAUGUACACUGGCCUUAUCUACAAUGACUGCUUCUCCAAAGCACUUAAUAUGUUUGGCUCAUCAUGGAGUGUCCGGCCGAUGUUCUCGAAAGGCAACUGGACAGCAGAGUUGCUUCAGAACACCCCUGUCCUGCAGCUGGAUCCUGCCGUGGCAGGGGUCUUUGGUGGACCAUAUCCAUUUGGCAUUGACCCGAUUUGGAAUAUUGCCAGCAACAAGCUGAACUUCCUCAACUCCUUUAAGAUGAAGAUGUCUGUGAUUCUUGGCAUCAUCCACAUGCUUUUUGGUGUCACACUGAGCCUUCUCAACCACAUCUAUUUCAAGAAACCACUGAACAUCUAUCUUGGGUUUAUUCCUGAAAUGAUUUUCAUGUCAUCAUUGUUUGGCUACCUUGUUAUCCUAAUUUUCUACAAGUGGUCUGCCUAUGAUGCUCACACUUCAAAGGAUGCACCAAGCCUUCUAAUCCAUUUUAUCAACAUGUUUCUUUUCUCCUAUACCGAUCCCAGUAACAAGAUGCUUUAUAAAGGACAGGUAGGGCUUCAGUGCUUCCUGGUGGUUGUCGCGCUGCUAUGUGUGCCAUGGAUGCUGGUAGUUAAACCCUUGGUCCUUCGCCAUCAAUAUUUAAGAAGAAAGCAUUUGGAAGGGCAACCCCUGGAGGGCCAAGUCAGCACAGUCCAGAACGCGCAGGCACUAGAGGCAGCAGCGGCUGCAACAGGAACUCACAACUUCGGUGGGAUCCGGGUGGGCAAUGGACCAACUGAGGAGGAUGCCGAGAUCAUUCAGCAUGACCAGCUUUCUACCCAUUCUGAAGAUGGGGAUGAGUUUGAUUUUGGGGAUACGGUGGUCCAUCAGGCCAUCCACACCAUUGAGUAUUGCCUGGGGUGCAUUUCCAACACAGCAUCCUACCUGCGGCUUUGGGCACUCAGCCUGGCCCAUGCUCAGCUUUCCGAGGUGCUCUGGACCAUGGUGAUUCACAUUGGCCUCAGUGUGAGAAGUUUCGCUGGAGGUUUUGCUUUGUUCUUCAUGUUUGCUGCUUUCGCUACCUUGACUGUGGCAAUCCUUCUGAUCAUGGAGGGCCUGUCGGCGUUCCUUCAUGCGCUCCGUUUGCACUGGGUGGAGUUCCAGAAUAAGUUCUACAUUGGCACUGGAUUCAAGUUCCUCCCGUUCUCAUUUGACAACAUCCGUGAAGGAAAAUUGGACGAUUAGACCCUCCCCCUCAGCCUAACUGAGCAGUGUUAGACUCGAAUGCUGGUGUGUUGUGCUGUGGUUAGCCCUUGUCCCCUGUGUGUUUUGUGUUGUGAAGUUAUGUGUAGCUCCCCUGCCAUGAUGUGCUGCUUCUGAGAAAAUAACUUCUACUGCAGCGCCCGAAGUAUCUGUCUGAGGCUGUUAAGUGGAGAGCUGUGAUGUCCCUGUAGCAAGCUUAGCUGACAUUGCUUCAGAGUCACUCCUUUCCGCCCUAAGCAAAGAGCUUGUUUAGUGCUGGAUGUGUUUACAGUGGGGGUUGCAUAGGAAAUGUCAUGACUUGGUGUAUUUAAUCAUGUAUCGGUUUAUGAUGUUGUACAGUAAUUAGCUCCUUGGCAGAUCCCCGUAAAGCACUGUAGGGAAAAUACAGCCUCCUAUUGUAUAAGGAACAGGACGUGCAAACUUCAGCCUGCCCAUAGCCCAGCUAAUCUGAGAGGGAAGCAUCAGACUCUUCCCUCUAACUGUCUUUGCUGCCUCUGUUUAAACAAACUGAGAUCCCCUGAUGCACAGAGGGGUCUUGGGGAAAGCUGGGGCCAUGUGCAAUCCAGAGAAGUCCCUCUUGCUUCCACCUGUGCAGCAUUCUUACUGUGCUUGAGUGAGGUGUUCUUGUGAAAGGUGCUCUCUUCACACCAUACUGCUGGGUGCAUCCUCGCUCAGGGAGCCGGGGGCAACAGAGCACACUUCCCUCCCUCGGCUGUAGCCUCCUUCCGUCUGCAGUUGCAGUUUCUAGCCUGCGGCAUUCUUUCCCACUGCCUGGUGGAUGGGUCCUGGCACGCUUUGCGGAAGGGUCCACUCACACUUUCCAGCCCUGCCUGUACUCUCAGCCCAGGGAGGCGGGUCUCUUGUUUCCUCAGCAAUGGCCCAGCAUUUCUCAAACUCAACACAGGCCUGUGCCCAGAAUUUGCCCACCACGGUCUGCACCUAACUUACCUAAAACAGCACCCAGCAUCCAU